AUGGAACGCAGUGGCCAAACUAGGUUGGUCUCGGGAGAGACUGUCAUCUACUCAGGUCACGAGGACGAAGAUCAUGAACACACGCAAGGUGUAGCCAUAAUGAUGUCUCCAGAAGCAACAAAUGCUUUGAUUGCAUGGGAACCAGUCUCGCCACGACUCAUAGCAGCUCGUUUCAAUGCCAAGGGAAGGAAAACAACUUUAAUCCAGUGCUAUGCACCCACAAAGGCUGCAACAGAUGAAGAGAAAGAGGACUUCUACAGCGCCCUGCAGGCUCAAAUCGACAAAUCACCAAAAAGAGAUAUAAAGAUAGUAAUGGGAGACAUGAAUGCCAAAGUUGGAACAGAAAAUAAAGAACGGGAGCUCACAAUGGGGAAAAAUGGAAUAGGCACAAUAAAUGAAAACGGGGAACUCUUUGCUGAUUUCUGCGCAGCUAAUGAUCUAAUUAUAGGGGGGACAAUUUUCUCUCAUAAAGAUAUACAUAAGACCACCUGGACGUCACCCGAUGGCAAAACAAAAAACCAAAUUGAUCACAUCACAGUUUCCAGAAAGUGUCCAAAAAUAAAGGAAGACUUUAACUGCGCAGUAAAAAAUAGGUAUGAAGUACUCUCCAGCCUGGUAGAGGAUACAGUAGAGGAAACAGUUGAGCAAAAAUGGCUAGGAAUACAGGAACUAUGGAAGUCAACAUGCACUGACAUAUUGGGGAGAAGAAAAAAUGAACAAAAAGAAUGGAUUACAACAGAGACAUGGGCCAAAAUUGAAGAUAGAAAAGAGAUAAAGCAGAAGAUUAACAAAUGUAAGGAUGAAAAAGAGAAAAUAAACCUCAGAACACGUUAUUGUGAAGUAAAUCGCAUGGUCAGGAAAAGUGCAAAAGAAGACAAAAGACAGUUCAUACAGGAGAUGAUAGAGGAGGCAGAAACUGCGGCACGACAAGGAAAAAUGAAGAGGCUCUAUGAAGUAACCAGGACACUAUCAGGUAAGAACAUUAAUCCCAACAAACCAGUAACGGAUAAAGUAGGAAAUAUCUUAACAAGUGACACAGAACAGAGAGACAGAUGGGUACAGCACUUUGAUGAGAUUUCAAACCAUCCUCUCUCAUCAAACAUCCCGGAUAUACCACCUGCAAAUCACCUACUAGAUGUGUGUACAGAUCCACCCACAAAGUUAGAAACAAGAGCAAUAAAAAACAUGAAAAAUGGCAAAGCAGCUAGCCCGGACGGCAUCCCACCAGAGGCACUCAAAGCAGACCCAGCCAUAUCAGCAGACAUACUACAUCCUCUACUCAAGCAGAUUUGGGAAGAAGAGAUAAUCCCAUCUGACUGGAAACUGGGAUACCUGAUAAAACUGCUAAAGAAGUGA